GGCAGGCGGCCGUCGGGGCGCCCCGGGAGCGCACGCGGCACCAUGGUCCCCCGCCUGCCGCAGCUGCUGCUGCUCGCCUGCGCUGCGCACACCGUCGGAGCCCUCCCUCGACUGUGUGAUGUGCUGCGGGUGCUGUGGGAGGAGCAGGAGCAGUGCCUGCAGGAACUUGCCAAAGAGAGGACAGGAGACCUGGGCACGGAGAGUCCAGCCCCAGGCUGCCAGGGGCUAUGGGACAACACAAGCUGCUGGCCCUCCUCUGCGCUGGGACAGACGGUGGAAGUGGCGUGCCCGAGGUUCCUCUGGAUGCUUGUGGGCAGAAAUGGUUCCAUGUUCCGGAACUGCACACAGGGCGGCUGGUCGGAAACCUUCCCCAGGCCUGACCUGGCCUGUGGGGUGAACGUGAAUGACUCCUCCAACGAGAAGCGGUACGAGUACCUGCUGAAGCUGAAGGUUAUGUACACCGUGGGCUACAGCUCCUCCCUGGUGAUGCUCCUGGUUGCCCUCAGCAUCCUCGGUGCCUUUCGGAGGCUCCACUGCACCCGCAACUACAUCCACAUGCACCUCUUUGUGUCCUUCAUCCUGCGUGCCCUGUCCAACUUCAUCAAGGAUGCCGUGCUCUUCUCGGACGAUGUUGCGCACUGCGAUGCCCACAGGGUGGGCUGUAAGCUGGUCAUGGUCUUCUUCCAGUACUGCAUCAUGGCCAACUACUCCUGGCUGCUGGUGGAAGGCCUCUACCUUCACACGCUCCUUGUCAUCUCCUUCUUCUCGGAAAGGAAAUGGCUCCAGGGAUUUAUUGCCCUUGGAUGGGGUUCCCCAGCCAUUUUUGUUGCUUCGUGGGCUGUCACCAGGCACUUUCUGGAAGAUGUUGGGUGCUGGGACAUCAAUGCCAAUGUGUCCAUCUGGUGGGUCAUUCGAGGGCCUGUGAUCGUCUCUAUCCUGAUUAAUUUCAUCCUUUUUAUAAAUAUCCUAAGAAUCCUGAUGAGAAAACUUAGAACUCAAGAAACAAGAGGAAAUGAAGUGAACCAUUAUAAGCGUCUGGCCAAGUCCACCCUCCUGCUGAUCCCCCUCUUCGGAGUCCACUACAUCGUCUUCGCCUUCUCCCCAGAGGAUGCCAUGGAGAUCCAGCUGUUUUUUGAACUGGCCCUCGGCUCAUUUCAGGGCCUGGUGGUGGCCGUCCUCUACUGUUUCCUCAAUGGGGAGGUGCAGCUGGAGCUUCAGAAGAAGUGGCGGCAGUGGCACCUGCGUGAGUUCCACCCUGUGGCCCUCAGUUCCUCCUUCAGCAACGGCACCAAGGCCAGCCCCUCGGAGCAGAGCCGGAGCACCUGCAGGACCAGUGUCAUCUGAGGCGGGAACAGGGUCACCCAGCCGGCCAAGA